AUGGCAUACAUGAGUCUAAGAAAUGAAUACAUGAAUAUGCCCCCUGUCACCAGGGCAUAUACAACUGCAUGUGUUAUUACUACUUUAGCUGUGCAAUUGGAGUUAGCAUCACCAUUCCAAUUAUACUUCAAUCCUAUCUUAAUUCUCAAACAAGGACAACUAUGGAGAUUGAUAACUACAUUCCUCUUCUUUGGAACCUUUGGUUUCAAUUUCUUUUUCAAUAUGAUAUUCACUUAUAGAUAUUGUAGGAUGUUAGAAGAAGGAUCAUUCAGAAAUAGGACAGCAGAUUUUGUGCUGAUGUUUGUUUUUGGAGCAGUAUGCAUGAUUUGCUUUGCCUUCUUUGUUAAUUUAUUAUUCUUAGGUCAAGCAUUUACGAUAAUGUUAGUUUAUGUCUGGUCAAGGCGGAAUCCAUUUGUGAGGAUGAACUUUUUUGGCCUGCUCAAUUUUCAGGCGCCUUAUUUGCCUUGGAUUCUUCUGGCAUUCUCGGUGCUUCUAGGUAAUGCUGUUUACGUAGAUUUGAUGGGCAUUGCGGUGGGACAUAUUUAUUAUUUCUUAGAAGAUGUCUUUCCCAACCAAAGAGGAGGUUUCAAAAUUCUGAAAACACCAUCGCUUAUGAGAACGUUAUUUGACCCUCUUCCUGAUGAUUAUCAGAGGUUACCUGAAGAGCAACCAGGAGGUUUCCAAUGGGGAAACCAGAAUAAUAGGCCAGCAAACGAAAACAAUGAUGAACAUAAUCAGGAACAAAAUGAUAACGCUGAGAAUCGUUGA